AGCCGCCGGUGACGAUAGUGAAGGGUCCCGAGGACCAGCAGGUGCUGGUGGGCGAGCGAGCGGUGCUGGAGGCCGAGGUGUCCGAGGAGGGCGCCCAGGUCAUGUGGACGAAGGACGGCGUGGAGCUGACCCGCGAGGACGCCUUCAAGUACCGCUUCAAGAAGGACGGCAAGAAGCACUUCCUGAUCCUCAACGAGGCCACCAAGGAGGACACCGGCCGCUACCGCAUCCUCACCAACGGCGGCGAGGCCGAGGCCGAGCUCAUCGUGGAAGAGAAGCAGCUGGAGGUCCUCCAGGGCAUCGCCGACCUGACGGUGCAGGCCACCGAGCAGGCGGUCUUCAAGUGCGAGGUGUCGGACGAGAAGGUGACCGGCCGCUGGUUCAAGAACGGCGUGGAGGUCCGGCCAUCCAAGCGGAUCCACAUCUCCCACACGGGCAG